AUGGAUCUUAACUUUGUUUCCUAUCUCUGUGCGUCACUCAUUUGUUUCAUUUAUAUUAGUUACGUUAAUGGCCAAGAUAAGAUUUUUCCAGUGACAAAGUAUGGAGCCAUUGCUGAUGGAAACACAGACAUUAAUAAGCCUUUGUUGGGCGCAUGGAGGGACGCUUGUGAGGCCGAUGGCGGCUUAAUUUUGGUUCCAAAGGGGAAUUUCCUUCUGAGUGGUGCGACUCUUAAUGGGCCCUGCAAUGGCGCAACUGUUUUCCAAAACGAAGGGAUUAUAACAGCUUCUCCAGGGGCCCACGGUGAAGAAUAUUGGAUCUCAUUUUAUGAAGUUAAUGGGCUGACUAUCCGCGGGGGUGGCACCUUUGAUGGAAAUGGGCCAUCGGCCUGGUCACUUCAAAAAACUCGACCCACCUCGAUAAAAAUCUCCAAAUGCAACAACCUUACCAUCCGAGACAUCGUGUCCCUCAAUAGCAAGGAGUUCCACUUCCACAUUAUCGUGUCCGACAACAUAUUGAUCAACAACGUGUACAUACGGGCCCCGGCUGAUAGCCCGAACACGGACGGGAUCCACCUCGGGAGGUGCACUAACGUCAACAUCAUCAACUCGCGCAUAUCCACAGGGGACGACUGCAUCUCCAUGGGGGACGGUUCCAAGAACAUCAACAUCGAGUCGGUCAUAUGCGGGCCAGGCCACGGGAUCAGCAUCGGGAGCCUCGGUCGAUACGUAAACGAGGAAGACGUUACAGGUGUCACCGUCAGGAACUGCUCCCUCAUCAACACUGCUAACGGGCUCCGAAUCAAGACGUUGGCCCCAUCCACCGUGUCGACCACCGUCAGCAACGUCACGUUUGAGGACAUCAACUUACGCAAUGUUCGAAACCCGAUCGUCAUCGAUCAAUACUACUGCAUGAAGAGUUCUUGCAGCCAUGCGAAAGACUCGAGCAUAAAGAUCAACGGCGUGAAGUACAUAAACGUGAAGGGCACGACGGCAUCACCGAUUGCGGUGAACCUGCAAUGCAGCAGAGCGCAGCCGUGCGAGGACUUGGAGUUUGAGGGGAUGGAGCUGCUGACGGGGGAAGGAAAACCGGGGGAAGCUGUUUGUUCGAGCGCACACUUUGAAUACAACCGGGCCAAUAAUGUUCCUUCCAAGUGUGUUACCCCUCAUGGGGAUUGGAUGGUUGCUUUCUUGGGCGCAUGGAGGGAUGCUUGUGCGAGCUACGGUGGGGUAAUUGAAGUCCCAAAGAGGACUUUCGUUGUGAGUGGUGCGAGUUUCAAUGGGCCCUGUAACGGCCCAACUUUUUUCAUGAACAAAGGGGUCAUACUAGCUUCUCCAGGGGCCCACUAUAAGGAUUUUUGGAUCUCGUUUUAUGAAGUUAAUGGGCUCACGAUCCGGGGCGGUGGUACCUUUGAUGGAAAUGGGCCAACGGCCUGGCGAUUCCACAAAUCUCGGCCCACGUCUAUUUACAUUGCCAAAUGCAACAACCUAAACAUUCGAGACAUCGUGUCCCUCAAUAGCAAAAUGUUCCACUUCCACAUAGUUGUGUCCGACAAUGUGGUGGUCAACAACGUGAACAUAAUGGCACCAGCCGAUAGCCCAAACACGGACGGGAUCCACCUUGCGAGGUGUGCCAAUGUCAGCAUCACCAAUUCGCGCAUAGCCACGGGGGACGACUGCAUCUCAAUGGGGGACGGCUCUAAAAACAUCAACAUUGAGUAUGUAAUGUGCGGGCCAGGCCACGGGAUCAGCAUCGGGAGCCUCGGGCGGUACGUGGAUGAGGAGGACGUCACGGGGGUCGCAGUCAAGAACUGUACCCUCAUCAACACCACCAACGGGCUUCGAAUCAAGACGUGGGCCCCAUCCACAGUGUCGACCACAGUUAGCGACAUCGUGUUUCAGGAUGUUAAGCUCCGGAAUGUCCAAAACCCGAUCAUUAUCGACCAAUACUAUUGUCAGCAGGGUUCUUGCAGCCAUGCAAGAGAAUCGAGUAUCAAGAUCAACGGCGUGAAGUAUAUAAACGUGAAGGGCACUUCUGCAUCCCCGGUUGGGGUGAACUUGCAAUGUAGCAAAUCACGUCCGUGCCAAAAUUUGGAGUUUCAGGGUGUUCGGCUCACGCUUGGAGGCGGAAAAUCGACAGGCGCUAUUUGUUCGAGUGCGCACUUCCAAUACAUCGACCCGAGCAAUGUUCCUUCCAAAUGUGUUAGCCCUCAAGUGUAUGAUGGGAUGAUUGAUUGA